AUGGCAACUUCAUCACCCUUAUCAGAUCUUCCACCCUCCUCGACUUCACAGCCUAAUCGACUUGUUGGCUCUGUGCCAAGACCAGUCAAGGAGAUCCCCCACGAGCUCGUUCAAAGCCUCCAUGCCUAUUACGAGGAAGACCUGAAUGCCCAAGGUUUCGACUUCGUCCGUGCCAUAACAGCAAACAGCGUGUCACCCACUAACAGUCUCGCUCCCGUCUUAAUACCACCAGCCUCACAUAUCGCUCUAGCAGCGACCUUAUCCAUACAUCCAAAUACCACGACCCGCACAGAAGAUCCCGCCAAGUUAGCACAAUCAAAGGCUGCCUUUGAGCUACUGAGACUUUUACAACGUAUCGCGGCCUACAAUAUCCCUUGGCAGCGUGCCUUUCGCUAUCGCAAAUACGAGAAUUUCUUCCACGUCAGUCCAAAGACUAAGCGGGAUGUCUACGCUCACAUUGACACCAAAAACAAAUACACCGAAGCCAACAGCUUAUUCAACCGAGCCAAUGAUUUCUGGGCGGUGGUUGGCUGGGCGUUCAACUGCGCUUGCCUCACAGAAGUGUACGCGUCCAGAUGGGCAUUUUAUGAACCCUUCUUGAACCUCAUGCUGGACAUACUCGAAUCGGACUUCCAGCACCGUGCACAGGAAGACACACUCGACGACAGUCUACUAUGGUCGUAUAUCGAACUCGGCAGCGGCGGGUCUGGUCGAUCGAGACGCAUCAUUCGUGCUAUCUUCGCUGAUGGGACCACAAGAUAUCUGAACGAGUUCGCAUCGAUUUUCAACAAGGAGCUCAGACCACCUGCGAAGACGAAAGAGGAAAGGCCUGUCAAAAGAGAAGCCGACUUCGACAACGAUGAGUUCGGAGAAUACUUCGAUCCGUCCUCCGACAAUGUAUCCGAGGAGGAGGCUGACACGCGACCCAGUAAGCGCCAACGUAGCACACGGAGAUCACAGCCCUCCUCGAAAGCCAGCAACGAAAGCUUGAACGACGCCCACAGCACCGACGACGCCGCCGCCGCCGGUCAAAGCCCAGCUCUAGGAUCACCAGAAACACUGCGCCUCCGGGCCCGCCUAAUCCGCCUCCUCGCCGAAGUCGUCAAUCAUCCCAGCCUCUUCGCCCAUUCGCCCACGACGUUCGUCGACCGAGACGAGCUGUACACGCUCUUCGUCGAAUUCAUCAAGCCUUUGCCCCUGCCCAUCUUCCAAGAAUUCAUCCUGCCCAACACGCACACUGGCCGCGCCUUCGACGCUGUCACGCACACCCGCCUCUGCGAAGCCGUCCUGCAGCGCACGCUCGAGAGUAGAGCUCCCGCAAUGCCGGACGACGGCGUGCCCACGGCCGAGCGGCUGAUUCAAUGCUGCCUACCCUACGCGGCCAGCGGCUCUGGUGUCGAGGCGCAGGCCAAGGUGGCGCUGAUGAUCGAGGCCAUGACGAGGAAGGCGUACGAGGAGCGGAUGCUGAGCGGCGAGAACGGCGCGGAUGUGGAGGUGUUGCGCUGGGCGACGGAGGAGGGUGUCAGGAAGAGGGAGGACUGUGCCAAGGAGGCCAUGGGGACGCGGAAGAAGGGGAAGAGGGGCAGUGGGAAUGAUGAUGAUGCUGCGUGGACAGCGUUGAGGGAGAGUGGGCAGAGGCUGAGGGCGCUGAUUCAGAGAAUCCAGUAA